UUACUUAUAUCUACUCUUUUUUUCUUUCCCGCACCACGCCGUCCCAUAAUCCAAUCAACCGCCUUCGCGUUUCCGCCGUUCUCUCAUCGAUUCCCACCGUCACAGAUAAACUCCGGCAUCAGUCCGGUUUCCGCUCCUUUCCUUCCCGCCGUCGCUAGAUGCUACUGAAAUCCUUCGGAGAAUGUCUUCGCACGAGCAAGCCCUGGCCUCUCUAGUCACGCAAUUGGCCUUCUCAUUCGACGGCGCGGUCCUUGGCGUAGCCCUAGCGUACGCCGCCGUGCGUUCGUUUCUCAAGUUUGCCGCUGGCUCGAAAGCGCUUGGAAAAAUCCGCGCUGCUCCCGUGCUCCGCGUGUCCGAUCUCCGCUCACUUCUCGACGCGCCUCCGCCGCAGUCUGAUCAGGAGGCGAACAGCGAGCUUGAUCGAAGCAGUAUCAGUGAUCGGAAGCUGGUGAUUGUGCGGGGACAAGUGGAGGCGAACUCUGCCGUCGAUGGGAGCUGGAAGAGCAGCCUGAGGCCUAACGUGCUGGUUUCUCACGAGUCUGGUGAUAAAGCUGUGGUCAUACAGAGGACUCAAACUUGCUUGUACAAUGAAUGGAAGGGCUUUUUUGGCUGGACCUCUGAUAUACGAGCUAUCUUUGGAAAAUCUUGGAGGGAGCAAGAAUCAAUGUCGUUAAGAACCGUUCCUUUUGUUCUUCUUGAAACUGGCAAGUGGCCACAAUCUGAAUAUGUUGUUAUCAACAUGGAUGCUUCACGACAUCCCCUACCCCUCACGACAGUUUAUCACCAGUUGCAACCCAUUGAUGCUUCUCCUUAUACAUUUCUUCAGGCACUAUUUGGUCAUGAAUACCCUGUUGGUCUACUUGAUGAGGAGAAGAUACUUCCAAUAGGAAAGGAGAUAACUGCUAUUGGAAUGUGCGGUUCCAGAAGUGGAAUUCCUGAGAUAUCACCUUGCAGAGAUCUUCCUUAUUUUCUUUCUGACAUGACCAAGGAUCAAAUGGUUUUGGAUCUGGGCUUCAAGACGAAAGUACUAUUGUGGAGUGGCAUUGCUCUCGGUUCACUCUCUGCCGGCAUUCUUAGCUAUGCAUUCGUGAGGAACUGGAGCAAAUGGAAACUGUGGAGGCAACAGAGACUGUCUCAGCAGUCAAGGGAAGAAACUAGUGAUCCCCCUCUUCUCGAUUCCGAGGAGGAUGUCACGGAUGUACCAGACGGGCAGUUGUGCGUCAUAUGUCUCAUGAGGAGGAGGCGUUCCGCCUUCAUCCCCUGCGGGCACCUCGUCUGCUGCCAAGUCUGUGCUAUAUCGGUCGAGCGCGAGUCGUCCCCCAAGUGCCCUCUCUGUCGGCAGCUCAUCCGGAACUCAAUCAGGAUAUUCGAUACUUAAUAUGUGAGGUCUCAAAGUAACAAAUCCAGCAACCAUGGCCAUUGUUUGAGGUAUAGUAGCCUGAUCUGUUACUUCUUGACUUUUGCUGCUGGUUUCAAUUAGAAGGCCCGACUUGUUUGUGAAUAUAUAAAAGAGUAGAUCGAAGGGGGCGUUUUACCUGAAAAGAGUGAGCAUGUCAGUUUGUUGACAUCAUGUUCUUGUGUCCACUAGUUCUUGUCAUUUUGCGUUGACAUUAUGUAGAUGAAUCUUUAAGCUCGUUUGAUUGGAUAGCAGAAUCCAGCACAGCAAAAAAAACGCCCUAGUAGUUGCCAAAACUUGCUCAAUUUGGUACAUUGAAUCUCUGUCUGUUGGCCGUUGUCUCGAUGUGGAGUUUCUUUGUUCAUUCGAGACAAAAAGAUUCUGCAUGUAUUAUUGUAACUUCCAUCUCUGAAAUCGACAUUAAAAAAAAAAAAAAAGAAUUCAAUG